AUGAAUUCAUAUGUAAAAGCUUCUGCAGUAUUUUAAAAGAAUUGAUGAGAUUUUAAUGCAUUGAUCCAAUUCUUUUUAUGAUGGAUUUUAAAGAAUUAUACAUAAAUUUGAUAGAAUACUAAUUCCUCUAAAUUCUAUGAAAUUGAUGAAUUAUAUAUUUUAAAAAUUUCACGAAUAAAUAUUUAAUAUUAAAACUGAAAGAAAAAUAAUAAUAAGUACUACAAUAUUUUAUUGAGUGUAGCAAUUUUAUUAUAAAAUCAUAAAACUAAUAAUUAAAAUCUAUGGAUCAUCUUAACUCGUAACAUCUCUCCACAUAUCUUCUGCUAUAGUCUUUCUCCAAGUAUUUGCAUUUUCUCUAUCUUGCUCUUGUGUUCCUAAAGGCUCUUGAACAACUUGAUUCGUAGUCGUUGCGGAUUGUUGAGUGUCUUCUUCAGCAGGAAAUUCACCAACAUCUGAUCGGCAUUCUUUACGAAGGAAGUUAUGCAACGCUGCACAUGCUAAUACUAAUCCAGUUUGUUUUUUGUAAGAAAAAGGAGGUGCAGAUUUAAAAAUCGCAGACCUCGAUUUAAACAUUUCAAAUAUCCUUUCGAUCACAUUUCUCAAACUAGCAUGACGAAGAUUGAAUAAUUCGGACGCAGUGCUAGGAUCACGUCCUUGGCCAGUCCAUUCUUGUAGAUGGUAUCGAACACCAUUUCAUGGAGCCAAAAAAUUGACUCGAUUUGCAAAGCCACAAUCAACUAGAUAGAAUUUACCUAAAAUGUAUAAAAGAUAAAUAUUAAUAAUUGUUAGACAUGUAAUUUAUAAAUAUGCAGGACAACACUUUUGAAGAUUUUGAAGACUUACAAAUUGUUUUUGAAAGUGCUACAGCAAGGGGAAACAACUCAUUUGGACUCGGUGAUGAUGCAAAUGCUGAAGCUUUUGAAGUUGAGAAUGAUGUUCAAGAAAAAGAAGAUGAGAUUCAUACAGAGAAUGUCACUGAAACCAAUGAAACCACACGUAGAGCUUCUAAAGAAAAGUUGCCUUCUAGGAAGAGAGCUAAACCCAAUGGUGAUGGAGAUGCAUCAGAGUCAAUUAAUCCUGGUGAUCGUUCUGAAAAGGUGCUAACUGAAAUGAUUGGAGUGAGCACUAAUAUCAUGAACCUUAUGCAACAAAGAGAAGAAAGACAUCAAAAAGAAGCUGAAGAAAAAGAAGCUGAAAAGAGAAAGAAUAAUGUUUGGGAUGCAAUCAAAGAGAUUCCUGACUUGGAACAGGAUAUAUGCUAUGAUGCAGUAACUAAAAUUCAUAAGUUGAAUAUGAAAGACGUAUUUCUUAGGAUGAAGGUUGAAGAACGCUUGGGUUGGAUACGACGUAAUGUUUAGGAUAUUAUUUUAGGCUUUAGCUAUGCAUUUAAUUUGAUUUGAAUAAUCGUGCUACUAGCAGUAGUCUUUCUAGUUUCUUAUUUGAAAUAAUGUCUUUUGUUUUCUUCUAAUAAUAAAGAGUCUGAGCUUUUUUAUGUGCCAUACUUGAUCAAUUUCAUAAUAAAGAGAAACAUACGCAGUGUGAAAUCAAUAUAUCAUUCAUAUUUGCAAGUAAACAACAUUUGUCGUAGUAUGACAUUGUGUUCUCUUGAUAAGUUCCUGGUGUUAUUUCUUUAAUAUAAAAUCUUUUGAUUUGUUAUCAUACUAUCCCCUAAAAAUAGUGUUGGUUGUAGCUGUAGUCAACAAUAUCAUACUAGCCCUUGAAAAUAGUUUUUAUUGUUGUCAACUAAUAGCAUAUAAUCCCUACAAAAUAGUACCUACAUCAAUUUUAAAAUUUAGAACUUAACGUUACAUAUUUCCUAUAUAACCCAUAUAUCAAAGUCAAAAAUCAAAAGUAAAAGAGAACCUCGACAACCAAAUUUCAGUUUCUUAAAGAUUCAUUUUAUAAUCCUUGGUUAUUUUUUCAUGGAUCAAAAUUUCCACGAAGAAGAAGACAUCAUGAUGGAUAUCGAUCAAACAAAUAAUGAUGAUUUUGAUGCGAGUCUAUUUCUUAUGGUGGUGAUGGUUGCUAUCGGAGCUCAGUUUCAAAACUCAAGAAAGCGUAUCAUGGGUCAACAUUUCAUUGAACGUCCACUUCGUCGACCAGUCACAAACCUUGGAGAACAAUACAUACAAAAGGUAUUAAAGGAAGAUUCUCAACAUUUUCGGGUGUUGUACCGUAUGUUUCCAGAUGUAUUUCUGAAGUUAUCCAGUAUUCUGAGAGAGAAAGCUGGUUUACAAGACACGAGAUUCAUAUCUGUCGAAGAGAUGCUUGCAAUUUUCAUGCUUACUGUUGGGCAAAAUUCACGAUAUUGCUCAGUAAAGGAUACAUUUAAAAGGUCCAAGUUUGCCAUAAGCACUAGCUUUAAUCGUGUUUUGAAAGCUUUACUUGUCAUAGCUCCAAGCCAAAUGGUGAAACCAAAUGGUUUAGUUCCUAUGAAAAUUAGAGAAAGUACACGAUUCUAUCCAUAUUUUAAGGUACAUUAUUUCAUCUUUUGUUAAAAUUUUCUGCUAUUUCAACUUUGUUAUUUUUUUUUAAAAAAAUGUGAUUUAACCUUUCUUUUUAAUUUAUUUCAGAAUUGUGUAGGGACACUAGAUGGUACACAUAUACCUGCAAGGGUAGUUGGACGAGAGGUGGCAAGUUAUCGCAACCGAAAAGAAACAAUAUCACAAAAUGUGUUAGCUGUAUGUAACUUUGAUUUAGAGUUCAUAUAUGUUCUUAGUGGAUGGGAAGGUUCAGCACACGAUUCAAAAGUAUUAAAUGACGCUUUAACUAGAAGAACAAACAAUUUCCAAGUACCAGAAGGUAAAAAUUUACAAUUUAUUUAUAAAUUACAUGUCUAACAAUUAUUAAUAUUUAUCUUUUAUACAUUUUAGGUAAAUUCUAUCUAGUUGAUUGUGGCUUUACAAAUCGAGUCAAUUUUUUGGCUCCAUUUCGUGGUAUUCGAUACCAUCUACAAGAAUGGACUGGCCAAGGACGUGAUCCUAGCACUGCGUCCGAAUUAUUCAAUAUUCGUCAUGCUAGUUUGAGAAAUGUGAUCGAAAGGAUAUUUGGAAUGUUUAAAUCGAGGUUUGCGAUUUUUAAAUCUGCACCUCCUUUUUCUUACAAAAAAACAAGUUGGAUUAGUAUUAGCAUGUGCAGCGUUGCAUAACUUCCUUCGUAAAGAAUGCCGAUCAGAUGUUGGUGAAUUUCCUGCUGAAGAAGACACUCAACAAUCCGCAACGACUACGAAUCAAGUUGUUCAAGAGCCUUUAGGAACACAAGAGCAAGAUAGAGAAAAUGCAAAUACUUGGAGAAAGACUAUAGCAGAAGAUAUGUGGAGAGAUGUUACGAGUUAAGAUGAUCCAUACAUUUUAUUUAUUAGUUUUAUGAUUUUAUAAUAAAAUUGCUACACUCAAUAAAAUAUUGUAGUACUUAUUAUUAUUUUUCUUUCAGUUUUAAUAUUAAAUAUUUUAUUCGUGAAAUUUUUAAAAUAUACAAUUCAAAAAUUUCAUAGAAUUUAGAGGAAUUAGUAUUCUAUCAAAUUUAUGUAUUCUCCUUUAAAAUCCAUAAUAAAAAGAAUUGGAUCAAUGCAUUAAAAUCUCAUCAAUUCUUUUAAAAUACUGCAGAAGCUUUUACAUAUGAAUUCAUUCAAAUUCAAUUAUAUUCCUGGAUCCAAUACCACUCCCUUAGGGUUUGGAAUAUAGUGUUUUGUGUUUAGAUUUAAGAUUGAAUAUUAGACUUUAAGAUCAAAUUUAAGAUUUGAAGUUAAAUAAUAAAAAGAUUAGUGUUUAAAAAAAAUCAGUUAGAGAUUAGGGUAUAUGGUUAGCUUGGGGUAUGAUAUAUUCAGUGUCAUAUAA